GGAGGAGGAGGAGGAGGAGGAAGAGGAAAAAAUUAUAAAAAGGAGAAAAGAGUCGCAACAACGAAGGGUCUCCUCGGAAGAUAUAGAAGGACGUUGCUCGUGAUAUCGAUCUCUCGUUGAUCGAUUGGUCGAUCAAUCGAUCGAUCGAUCGAUCGAUCGAUCGAUCGAUAUAUAUAACCUUUCUUGUCGAGAUAAAUACGGCAUGAAUUAUGAACAUAGAGGUGUACUAAACCUCGAUGGUACUUACACAUGUUCGAUCGUUGUCGCUUUGCAACGUAACGAUUCUCGUCUCGCGAGAAACCCUUUCAAGCCGUCCAACCGUAGGAAACUUCGUAGACGAUACGAUACAUUCGGCCGUAUCGAUUCUCCCCCACUCAACCCACCCACCCACUCUCCCACCCUCUCACCGCUUCUCCCUCAUUCUAUUUCUCUCUCUCUCUCUCUCUCUCUCUCUUUCUAUCUCUCUUUCUUUGUCACAAACAUAUGUAGAGUCAGAGAAUUUUUUAUUCUAUCUCUAUCUAUCUAUCUAUCUAUCUAUCUAUCUAUCUAUCUAUCUAUCUAUCUAUCUAUUUAUCUAUCAAUCUAUCUCUUUCUCACCUUCAACAAACUCAAUCGACAAAUAAUAAUAUCGAGUUGAAGCCGUCCCUUCCUCCGUCCCUUCCGUCCUUUUUAUGUCUUCGAAAAGGAAAAAGAAGUGUUUGAAGCGACAAGAUCGUCGAUGAAGAUUAAUAUAAUUAUUCUACACGGAAGAAUCGAAAAAGGAUCGAUCGAGAAAUAUCUUUCUUUACGAUCGUUUAAGAUCGACGGUAUCGAUCGAUAAAUCAAUAUCGAUAAAUAUUUCGUGAACGAUCAUCGUUCGAGUGGCUCCGUUCUAUAAACUACUCUUCUUCAAGAUGAUUAUAGACCAAUGGAAGAUACCAAGAUUCGAAGGAAUCCUUCCUAUGGAGGAUAUCCACAGGGUCGGGAUUGGAGAUAGACAAGAUGGACCAGCAGUAUUGCCUACGGUGGAACAAUCACCCAGCCAACCUUACAGACGUUCUCAGUUCGCUGCUUGCCAGAGAGGCACUCUGUGACGUUACCUUGGCAUGUGUUGGAGAAACUUUUAAGGCACACCAGACGAUACUCUCUGCAUGUAGUCCGUAUUUCGAGACUAUUUUCCUCCAGAAUACCCAUCCUCAUCCAAUUAUAUUCCUGAAGGAUGUCAACGAUACAGAAAUGAAAGCGUUGCUGCACUUUAUGUAUAAGGGAGAAGUAAACGUUAGUCAGCAUCUAUUACCGAUGUUCCUCAAAACAGCAGAGGCGUUACAAAUCAGAGGCCUCACAGAUAAUAGUGUAAAUAACAAGACAGGAGAAAAAAGUCCGUCGCCAGAGCCAGAAGCGCAAACCGGUGGCAGGCACACCGAUUCGCCUAAUCUCCAAUCGCAUCCUGAAAAGAGGAAAAGAAAAUUUUCCGGCAGCUAUGAUGUUUCUCUUACUGGACCUCCUAGCGAAAGAUUCAUGUCUGAUUCUCAGGCAUCUUCGCAAUGUAAUUAUAAAUCAAGUCCACCUGUUAUUCCAAAGGUAAAUAAUGCCCUGGGAACAGAAUUAGAGGAUGGUGGUCGACCUAUGUCUCCUGCAUCUCAACCACAAGCUCCUAUCAAGCAAGAAUUAGACCACCACUUAUCUGAUUUCCAUGACAAUAUCUCCCUCCCAACUAAUGUGGAGUGGAUAGUUCGAAGGGAUGGGAAGAGUGACGAAACAGUGGAUGUACAGAACAUGACUCCCAAUCACCCAGAUUCUCCUGUGAUGCGAGUUUCACGAGAAAGUACCAUCAUGGCUGGAGGUUCUUUGUGUAUCAAUAUGUCAGGAACUAUGCGAGAGUUUGAAGAUCAACAUAACUCUUUACAAAAUCGUAUCUUGCCUAUUAACACUGAACAUUCUGAAUAUAAGAACGAUGAAGUAGAAACUAAUUCACAGUAUCUAUCUUUAUCCGAAUGUAAUAAAAAUGCAAAAUUGUCGUUAAUUAAUAAUAAUGAUCAUUUGGGAUCAAUAAGAGUAAAUAGUUCACAACAGGGAAUGUCGGUGAUACAAUCCACUUUGAGCACUGCUUUGCAACGUAAUACUUUUCAAGGUAGAAAAGGUGGUAGAUUUAAGCUUGGCUGGUUAGAUACGUAUCCUUGGCUUCAAUAUGACGAACAGUCUAAUCUUAUGUAUUGCAAAUACUGUAGAAAAUGGAGUGAUUCGAUUCCAGAAAUACGUACCUCUUUUGCUGCAGGUAAUGGUAAUUUUAGACUUGAAAUUAUAAAUCAUCAUGAUAAGUGUAAAGCUCACAAAUUAUGUGUAGCUAGAGAAAGUGAAACUAAAGAAAGUUACACGUAUAUAAAAAGUACUUGUUGAUUA